UUUCCAUCUCCCACCCACGUGCGCACUACCUUAUCCACUCCUCUCGCCUCGCAGUCCACACCCAAGCAAAACUUCUCCGCGGGGCACGGAGGAGGCGGCCAUGCGCCGGCGACGAGGUGGGCCGACUGAGAUAUCGAUCAGAUAGGGAGGGGGGUGCCGCUCGGCGUGAGACUCCUCGUCGGCGCCGAGGCGCAGCCAGCGCCAUCCCUCCAAGUUCGGCUAGGGACGCUGCGGCCUUCCUUGCUUGCCGGUUCGCCUGCUCGGGACUCUGUCCUAGCCGGAGUUGCGGCGAAGACGAGGCCAGCGUCUGCGCGGAGGAGCGCCACCGGACCAGCCAUGGGACGACGCACGGCGGAGAUGGGGCGGGCUGCUCUGUCCUUGCCGGAGAUUGUUGCGAGACGGAGACGAGGCAGGCGGCGGCGCCGAGGAGCUCCAGCGGUCCCAACAUCGGACCACCCCAGGCAUUUGUGCUCCCCGACAUGGUCACGAACGCGAGCUGUCCCGCUCCCGCCGGGGUGCUUGGAGAUCCGCGCCGGUGUCCUAGCCAGAGCUUUGCUUGAUCAUGCACCGACCGUCAUUGAUACCACGCAGGAGGAGGUGCAGUGGCUCCUCCAUGACCGGCAGACAGCGGUCGGACAAGGCUGCCGUGGCGGACCAACGCCCUACCACCGCAGGAGGGACGACGACGAUGACAACGGCGGCGGCAUGUACGGCGAUGGUGGCACGGCCGGGCAGGGCAGCCACGCGUACAAGGUGGUUGUCCGGUAGAAGUUGUCGAUUUUUUUUCCAGUAAAAGGCUGAAAUAUCGUUUGUUUAUGUAAAUUGUGACAGAACUUGAAUGAACUUCAUCCAGUUUGAUUGAAUUUCAUCCAGCCUGUUGCAAUGCGGUUUUAAUUGUAUGCGG